AUAUAGAGUCUCUAAAGUUAAAAGGCUUCAGCGUGCCUGCAGUGGUUAUGAGAGGGGAAUCCGUUUGGCUGAACUGUUCCUACGACUUAGAGCAUGAAAAAUUAUAUUCCAUCAAAUGGCACAAGAACAACGUCGAGUUUUAUAGGUACUUACCUGACGACUCACCACCUGGACAAAAGUAUGAGCUUGCGGGAAUUUAUAUAGAUUUGAGUCGGAGUCGAGAAGGCAACAUAUUCAUGAGCAAGACGGAUGUCGACUCGGAAGGGAAUUACAGGUGCGAGGUCUCCACGGAUGCCCCCGUCUUCCAGACUGUCAAAGGGGAAAGAGAAAUGAGGAUAUAUGGUUAUGAUUUUUAA